CUGAAGUUUGGAUGAGACCAGAACCGCUACACUGAACUCGGAGGAUUUCAGCACUGUUUCAUCUUGAUUAACCAGUUCAGUUGAGUUCCUGUAGGGCGACUGAUGAAGAGGAGGAGGAUGAAGAUGCUGUGGCCGUUUGCAGUGAUUUUGUCCUCACUGGUUUGUGUGGAGACUCAGCAGAGAGGUCUGUUUCCUGCUAUCUUGAACCUGGCCAGCAAUGCCGAAAUCACCACGAAUGCCACGUGUGGCGACCCACUUCCCGAGAUGUUCUGUAAACUGGUGGAACACGUCCCCGGAAGACGAAUCCGUAACCCUCAGUGUCGGAUCUGUGAUGCAAACAGCCAGAAUCCCAAAGAGCAACAUCCCAUUUCUUACGCCAUCGACGGCACCAACCUGUGGUGGCAGAGCCCGAGCAUCAAGAACGGCCCUCAGUUCCACUGGGUCACCAUCACUCUGGACUUACGACAGGUCUUCCAGGUGGCGUACAUCAUCAUCAAAGCGGCGAACUCUCCGCGGCCCGGGAACUGGAUCCUGGAGCGUUCUCUGGACGGAGUGGACUUCCAGCCGUGGCAGUACUACGCCAUCAGUGACACCGAGUGUCUGACCCGAUACAACGUCACGCCCCGCCUCGGGCCGCCCACCUACAAGAGAGACGACGAGGUCAUCUGCACGUCCUACUACUCACGCCUGGUGCCGCUGGAGCACGGCGAGAUCCACACGUCUCUCAUAAACGGCCGUCCCAGCGCAGAUGAUCUGACCCCAGAGCUGCUAGAAUUCACUUCUGCUCGAUUCAUCCGCCUGCGUCUGCAGAGGAUCCGAACACUCAACGCUGACCUCAUGACCCUGAGCUACCGCGACCCCAAAGAAGUGGACCCCAUCGUCACCCGGAGGUAUUAUUACUCCAUCAAGGACAUCUCGGUGGGCGGGAUGUGUAUCUGUUAUGGCCACGCCCAGAGUUGCCCCUGGGACCCUGUUACCAAGAAGCUGCAGUGUGUGUGUGAACACAACACUUGUGGAGAGAGCUGUAAUGAAUGUUGCCCUGGAUACCAUCAGGAGCCAUGGCAACCUGGAACGCUUUCCGAUGGAAACACAUGCGAGAAAUGUAACUGUCACAACAAAGCUGAGGACUGUUACUACAACCAGACGGUGGCAGAUCUGCGGCUGAGCCUGAACACACACGGCCGGCGCGAGGGAGGAGGAGUGUGUGUGAACUGCUCUCAGAACACAGCGGGAGUGAACUGCCAAACCUGUGCGGACGGAUACUACAGACCACACCAGGUGUCUCCGUAUGCUGAUGACCCGUGUGUGGAGUGUCAGUGUGACACUAGAGGUUCUGCGAGCCCCGUCUGCAUCAGAGACGAUGAUCAGUCGAUCCCCGGCGCAGGUCUCUCCGCUGGUCAGUGUUUGUGUAAGGAGGGUUUUGCGGGGGACAAGUGUGACCGCUGUGCGUUCGGAUUCAGGGAUUUCCCACAAUGCACUCGCUGUGAGUGUAACCUGGCUGGAAGCCACAACGUCGACCCCUGCAGCGAGUGUGUGUGCAAGGUGAAUGUGAUGGGCUCUAACUGUGAUCUGUGUAAGCAGGGCUUCUAUAACCUACAGGCCAGUAAUCCUGAGGGCUGCACUGAGUGCUUCUGUUUCGGAGUCUCAGAUGUGUGUGAGAGCUCCACCUGGUUCAGCAGCUCUGUGGAGCACAGAGACGGCGUUCUCCUCCGAUCUCUUCAGAGCUCUAGCGUCUUCACGUCUCCUGUCUCAGACAACAACCUCAUCGUCUCUAACCUCUCCGCGUCCGCAGGAGUCCGGUCCGUGUGGUCAUGGGCCGCGCCCGAGUCCUUCCUCAACAACAAGCUAACAUCGUAUGGAAGUUUCCUGAACUACAGCGUUGCUUAUGACACGUCUGAGGAAAACGUGGACAGAACGCUUCAAGCUCAUUUCAGCGUAAUUAUUGAGGGUAACGGGCGAACGCUGCGUCAGGCUGAGUCCGCUCAUCUGCUGCUGAACGCUCACACCGAGCAGCACGUCUCACUCCUGAUGCUGCCGCACACACUCACAGACGCUCGCAGCGGGAGCCGUGUUCAGAGAGACGAGCUGAUGACGGUGCUGGCAGACGUCGCUGCGCUCAGGGUUCGAGUUCAGCUGGAGGACAGCGUCGAGGGAACACUCAGGUUGAGCUCAGUGUCUUUAGGUGUUGGAGACACAAACUCGGGUCUCUCUAAAAUCCCUCUGGAUGUGGAGCAGUGCGAGUGUCCGUGGGGUUAUUCAGGCACUUCCUGUGAGUACUGUAUGUCUGGGUUCUAUCGGGUCGGUGGGAUUCUGUUCGGAGGAAACUGUCUUCAGUGCGAGUGUAACGAUCACGCGGCGGAGUGUGACAUCAACGGAGAGUGCCUGGGCUGUGCGCACAACACCACGGGGCCUCACUGCGAUCAGUGCAUGCUGGGUUUCUAUGGCGACGCCAGCGAGGGCACACCGGAUGACUGCCAGAGAUGUGCCUGUCCACUGACACUGGAGUCCAACAAUUUCAGUCCCACGUGUGUGCUGCAGCGUCCCGGUGAGUUCACGUGUGAUCAGUGCAUGCUGGGAUACGCAGGAGCCAAGUGUGAGAGGUGUGCGGAGGGUUAUUAUGGUGACCCCUCGGAGCCGGGCCGGCGGUGUGUGGCGUGUGAGUGUAACGGUAACGUGGAUCCGGCUGAAGCGGGACACUGCGACGGACGCACCGGAGAGUGUCUGAAGUGUUUGGGUCACACGGGGGGUCAGCACUGCGAGCGCUGCGCAGAAGGCUUCUACGGAGACGCCGUGACCCUCAAAAACUGCCAGGCCUGCGGUUGUCAUGGUAACGGCUCUCUGUCCACCGUGUGUCACGUGAUCACCGGUCAGUGUGAGUGUAAGGCCAACGUGAUCGGACAGACCUGUGACCGCUGUCAGGCGGGUUAUUACGGCAUCAGCAGCAGUGCUGGCUGCAGACUGUGUGAAUGUAACCAAUCAGGAGCUCUGUCUGCAUCAUGUGACGAGGAGGGGCGGUGCCAGUGCAUCACUGGAGUGACAGGUGAUAAAUGUGAUGUCUGUGAGCGCGGAUACUACAGCUUCACCGAGAGCGGCUGCACACCGUGUGACUGCACACACACACACGGGAACUGUCACGCUGACACGGGCGAGUGUAUCUGUCCUCCACACACACUCGGUCUGAAGUGUGAGGAGUGUGAGGAAGGUCACUGGGGUCACGACGGUGUGUCCGGCUGUAAGGCGUGUGACUGCAGUGCUGCAGGCUCGAGUUCAUCUCAGUGUGACCUGUGGUCAGGUCAGUGUCGCUGCAGGCCGCACUUCUCCGGUCUCAGGUGCGACCGCUGCGCUUUCGGCUACAAAAACUUCCCAGAAUGCACUGCAUGCAGCUGCAGCCCCGACGGCACGCGAGAGGAGCUCUGCGACCCCGAGCUGGGAGUGUGUGGAUGCCAGGAUCACGGCCGCUGCGACUGCAAGGAGAAUGUCGGCGGCGGCGGCUGUGACGAGUGUAAGAGCGGGACGUUCGGUCUGACCGCUCAGAAUCCGUCCGGAUGCAGUCCGUGCUUCUGUUCUGGUGUGUCCAGCGUCUGUGAGGAGCUCGGCGGAUUGGUCCGAGUGCCGAUGAGGCUGGGCUCUGCUCCGGCUCUGCUGCGUGUGGUGUCUCAGAGUGACCUGCAGGGGACGCUGGAGGGCGUUUCUUACAGCGAUCAAGAGAUGCUUCUGGACGCCUCUCACCUCCACCGUCUGUCCGUCCUCAGCGGCCCGUAUUACUGGAGACUCCCGCACAAAUACCACGGUAACCAGCUGCUGUCGUACGGAGGAAGACUGUCCUUCACCGUGUUGUUCUUCGCUCUGGACGGCGUGGGGCUGGCCAAUCACGAGCCUCAGGUGCUGAUGAGGGGGGGACACCUGCGACGGCUGGUCAUCUACACCGAGCUCCCUGCGCCUGAGAACGGCGUCCGCACCGGACAGGAGGUUCCUCUGACCGAGCACAAGUGGAAGUAUUUCAACUCUGUGUCUGAUGAAGCCGUGAGUCACGCAGACUUCAUGUCAGUGCUGAGUAACGUGGAGUACAUCAUCAUCAAAGCAUCGUACGGUUCAGGACUGCAGCAGAGCAGGAUCUCUAAUAUCUCUCUGGACACGGCUCUGGAGGCGGACGAGGCUCCUCGGGGUGCAGACGUGGCUCGGCUGGUGGAGACGUGUGAGUGUCCGCCGGGAUACGCUGGACUCUCCUGUCAGGAGUGUGCUCCGGGGUUUUACCGUCAGGCCGUGUCUGAGCUCAACAUGAAGGGCAGAAACCGUCCGCUCAUCCGGCCCUGCGUGGCCUGCCGGUGCAACAACCACAGCCUGUCAUGUGACCUGGACACGGGCGAGUGUCUGGGCUGCCAGCACAACACCGCAGGAGAGCACUGCCACGUGUGCGCCGCAGGGUAUUAUGGGAAGGUGCAGGGCUCCGUCAGCGACUGCUCGCUGUGCGCCUGUCCACUGCGGGGUCAGAGUUUCAGCUCGACGUGUGUGUUAGAGGGCGCCGGUGAUUUCCGCUGCGAUCGCUGUGAGGAGGGAUACGAGGGCCGUUACUGUGAGAGGUGUUCGGUGGGUUACUAUGGCACCCCGUCGGAGGCAGGUGGGCGGUGCCAGGUGUGCAGGUGCAGUGGGGCGGGGUCAGUGCACAGCGUCUGUGACGGACGCACCGGGAGCUGCGAGUGUAAGCCCGGGGUCAGAGGUCAUCUGUGUGACCAGUGCGAGGAGAGACACGUGCUGGUCAGCGAGCAGUGUGUGUCGUGUGAUGACGGCUGCACCGGGGCGCUGCUGGACGAUCUGGACGCUUUAGACGGGUCCAUCGCCUCUCUGAACCUGUCAGGGGUCAUUCUCGCACCCUACAGCCAGCUGAUGACCCUCGAGAACCAGACCAGAGAGGUCAAGCAGAGUCUGAUGUCAUGGGAGCAGAGCACAGGUCAUCAGCUGACCACAGGAGAGGAACAUCUGAGCAACCUGACCGACCAGAUCACUGACCUUCAGCAGCAGGUCCAGAGUGUGUUUGAUGGCAGUGAAAGAUGUGCUGCUGAUCUCAGAGGAGAGAUUCACUCAGGGCAAACAUCUGCUGGACCUCAUCAGCAACAUUCAUUCUGCCAUCCACGGUAACCAUCACUAUUAUUU